AUGGAGCCGAUCAUGCCGAUUAAUCCUUCCUACACGGCCGCCGCCAACCCUUGCGUUGCCUCGCUCAUCGGCGUCCAGCCUCACUGCCUCCCGCUCAUCUAUGUCAUCUCUGGCUGGCACAUGUUCUCCGACGAGUCGCUCGGCUGGUUGAAGACGAUCGAUGGGGUGGAGGUACGCAGCGGCCCGUGCUUCGACGAUUGGCCUGACGAUUCUGGAGCGGCGCGGUGGGUGCGGGCGUGGGAGCCGAUGCCACAGGAAGGCCGUGUGAUUCUCGCCCACUGCAACAAGCUGCUGAGCUGGUACCCUGCGUUUGCGGGGCGGUACACGAGCGCCUGGGGCAAGUCGUACGCUCCUUGCAAGGAGCGCUCCAUCGCCACGCUAAAGCCGGGCGAAGACUACUACCGGGAUCGGAUGUGGCAGGUGUGCCGCCCACAGGCGCUGGCCGCGCACGACGCGGCCAUGGGCACGGGCGGCGUAGGGCUCGAGGCGACGCCGCCCUUUGUCAUGCGGGCCCUCUACGGCGAGCGCGUGCGGCUGGUCGCGGCGCUGCGCAGCCCGGUCGACCGGCUGGAGACGUCCUUCUGGGUCCACGCCCACUACCCGCGACGGUACGGCGCCUCGGCCGAGGGGCUGCACGCGUACGUGACGGAGCAGACGGCCGCCUUUUCCGAGUGUGUGGGCGAGCACGGCGCACGGCGGUGCGCCUUCCUGUUUGAGCUGCUCGACCGCCGCUACUCGGACGUCUUCUUCCACUGCGACCAGAUCAUCCGCGGGCUGUACCAACCCUUUGUCGAGGACUGGCACGCCGCCUUUGGCAGCAAGGCGCUGCUCGUCCUGCGAGUCGAGGACCUGAUCGAACCCGGCAGAGGCACGCCGCAGCCUCGUCGCCUUCCUCGGAGGCGCCGUCUCCGCCGCCGCCGCCGACGCGGCGCCGCUGCCGCCUCGCUCGUACGCCGCGCUGCACGCCGAGUCGCUGCAGGCCGCAAAGGCCGUCCCGAUGCGCAACGACACGCGGAGGGCUGCGGAGGCCUUCUACCGCCCGUUCAAUCUCGCCCUCGCAUCGCUCCUCGGCUGGCCAGUGCGCGAGGCGUGGCAGCACUCUUCGGCUGCCUCGGCGAGAGUCUGAGUCAGGAGUACGAUGUCGAUGAGAGCGAAAGGACUAUCUUCAAAAGAAGAAAGAAAAA